CUUGAGUUGAGUGAGAAAUGUCUGUGAUUGAGCAAAAUUUCGUUAUUAAUAUGUUUACGUACUCAUUUUUGUGGUGUUAAACAAAGAUUUCCACUGCUUUGCCUCCAAGUUAAGAAUUUUGAUUAGGAUGGUGUGACUAAACUCAAAAUGGAGACAGGAACAAGUGGGCUACAGCUGCGGGUGAGAGACUUUGUGCGCAAGUUGCGGCCUGAGCGAGUGCGGUGGCAGUGGAGACAUCUAUUGGCAUCUGUAGACAAUCACUGGCCUGCGUCCACAACCACUGACUCCUCCGUUUCAUGUGACUCUCGCUCCGAUACUCAGAGAGAAGGGAGAGCCGAGUUUGAGCCUGUGCCCUCAUCGGACUGUGACCUUGAGGUAGCCGAGAUAACGGCUGCCACACAGACGAGAUGCAAACCCUCCGCUGCUGACCAGCUCAUGUCCUCGCUGAGCCAACUGCCUGUGACAUCAACAGAUGAGGAGCUCAGCAAGUCGGCAGCCAUUGCGGGGAAUGGCGGGGGGAGUGUGCGGCCCUGCGAGCUGUCACUGGGCGGGGGCGGUCUGGUACCCCCCGCGUCCACGCCCCGUAACAAGUCCCCCGUCACAGUGCAGGAGUGGGUCGACUCACUGCCACUCACUCCUACUGACACUGACGGCCAAGUGAACAGGGCAGAAGAAGAAACAGAACCCCGUAUUGUUCUCACUCAGGACUCUGACGACAAUCUCACGCUAGGAGCUGAAGCGGGUUUAAUGUGUGGUCCACUGCCUCCAGCCGUCCAAGUCACCAGCCACCAAGAGCCCAGUGAGAGUGACAGCCAUUGUAGCAGCGUAGAGUCGUUGCUGGAGGCUCGACGCCCUGACCCUGAGGAGGUUCUGUUUUCACUGGGGUUUGGAGGUGCAGCCUCGUCUGAGUGUCGGAUACCCCAGCGGUUCCUGCAGCCUAGCAAACUGAAGGGGGUCGCCAUCGACGACUUUCUCAGGCACCAGCAGGAGGUGGUCACCAAUUUUGAGACUGGCUUCUACGGUUAUAGAGGACUAUCUGGUCCUUCUCAUACGAUGCCUUCAGUGAUCGUUGCCAAGAUUAUGGAGAAGCUGCGCGAGCACGAGAGAGAGAACUGCUCGGUCGCAUCGCCCCCGCACGUUUCUACAAACACUGACCGCAACAAUCGCUUCACCCGGGCGGCGCGCAACGUCAUCACCAACCUCAAGAGCCCAGGGAAUUCGGUUCUGACACCGGACAAUCGAGCAUGGCUGGACAGUCAAAACCAAAGAUCACCAGAAGUGAGUCGGAAGAGAAUCAUCAUCGGACAGCAGUCGUUCACUUUCAGUCGGGACGGAGAUCUCAUAGAAAGCCCUCCCUCCAGUCUUACUGACAGCGACAGCAGAUGGACGAGUAGCACCGGCACCCCAGGGCUUCAAAAGAACGAUCUCUCAUUGGACAAACCAAGCUUCCCCUCCAUACAGGAGGCGGGAGAACCAGCUCCCCCCUCCCCUCCAACCACUGUUCCCCGCCAUGCCUUUGCCAACAUAGUCACAACUUUGCUGGCAGAGAAGAAUCAGGAAUCAAAGUUGUCAAGCUCUUCAAUGGAAGCCCGCUCUUUGGGUGACAGUGGUGUUGGAUUGCCGUCAAGCGGUCGAUCGUCACGUGGAGUUGAUGAGUUUGACAGUCCUGACUACGGCACGAGAACAGGAGCUGUCACCGUCGAACAACCUCUUCCAGAGACCCCCUCAUCCCUCGAGGUUUUUCCAUCACCAGAUUCCUCCGGAUCAACUGAAACUGCAAAUGCACCUAGUGAAUCUCAGGAAACUGUGUUGAAUGAAUCUUUUUUACCAUCCAUAUCAGUGGAUGAAACUUUGGCCAGCGAGUUUAGAGAAAUUGAUAGUAGUUUAGACUCAAAAAAUGAUCAACCAAAUUCCAGUAGCAUAGCACAUAUUAGUCAAGUUGAACUAUUAAGUGAAGCUUGUAACGAUGAAGAAACUUCUAUUAGGUUAGGAUCGGAUUUUUAUUCUAAUACCAAUUUACCGACGGGUAAUCCUAGUAUAAGUGAUAAACAUAGUGAAAAAAGUGUCAGUGUGACAGAUUCAAACGUUUUAGAAAAAGCUUCUGUCGCGUCUAACUCAUCAAGUAUCCUGGAACGGCCUAAGGUUUAUACUAGUCUUCAAUCUUUUGACACAUCAACUUCUUGUACUAGUCCGUUUCCUAGCCUCGCGAGUGAGUUAGAACAAGCACAAUUGAAAGAGCAAGAAAAACCACCUGUAGUUAACAGGGAGACAGAAUCGCAAGAUGAGGAAGAAUCUCACCCAUCAACCUCAGCUCCAGUUCGAGUCAUUGAGAGUCUAGACAAGGUAAUAGAAUCAUUAGAGAAAAUCAUGGAGCCCCUGGAAGUCAUCACGGAAAGCAGUCUUCAGUUCAACUCAGCCAUUAGAUCUCAAUCAGAUAAGGAAAAACUUGUACAUAGCUUCGAAGAUCUCAGAUCACUUGCAAAACAACUUGUGGAGGCUAAAGUACCAGUUGAAAUCGGCAGUUGUGAACACUUUCUGAACUUGACCAUCAAUGAGAGAUGUGAGCUGCAGUGUAGGGUUGUGAGGCUGGCACUGUCUAGUUAUCAGUCUCACCUGGCUCAAGAUACAUCUCACUACGAGCUGAAGUGUUGUCUCAGCGUAGAGGUCUCCAGAUUGUCUGACUUGCUGGACACAGCCUCUGAUCCCGACAUGCUCAACACUCUAGUCAAGCAGAUGACUGAACUUUUGAAACAUCAAGCAGAGUUGAGCAAAGAACUUGAUCAGUGGAUGAGUCAAUCAGCUGAGGAGGCACCAGGGUGUCAUCAGCUGUGCGAGGUGGUGUUGCGUCGUCUGCGAGCUCUGGAGCUGCUUGUCCACCGCAACACACAGGCACUCUCUGACCUGCGAAACCAGGUGUCUCACUGACCAAGUGACGUACACUAGACAAACCAAUCAGCUGAGGAGGUGCCAGGGUGCCAUCAGCUGUGCGAGGUGAUGUUGCGUCGUCUGCGAGCUCUGGAGCUGAUUGUCCACUGCAACACACAGGCACUCUCUGACCUGCGAAACCAGGUGUCUCACUGACCAAGUGACGUACACUAGACAAACCAAUCAGCUGAGGAGGUGCCAGGGUGCCAUCAGCUGUGCGAGGUGAUGUUGCGUCGUCUGCGAGCUCUGGAGCUGCUUGUCCACCGCAACACACAGGCACUCUCUGACCUGCGAAACCAGGUGUCUCACUGACCAAGUGACGUACACUAGACAAACCAAUCAGCUGAGGAGGUGCCAGGGUGCCAUCAGCUGUGCGAGGUGAUGUUGUGUCGUCUGCGAGCUCUGGAGCUGAUUGUCCACUGCAACACACAGGCACUCUCUGACCUGCGAAACCAGGUGUCUCACUGACCAAGUGACGUACACUAGACAAACCAAUCAGCUGAGGAGGUGCCAGGGUGCCAUCAGCUGUGCGAGGUGAUGUUGUGUCGUCUGCGAGCUCUGGAGCUGAUUGUCCACUGCAACACACAGGCACUCUCUGACCUGCGAAACCAGGUGUCUCACUGACCAAGUGACGUACACUAGACGAGCCAAUCAGCUGAGGGGGUGCCAGUGUGUCAUAAGCUGUGCUAGAUGGUGUUGCGUCGUCUGCGAGCAAGGUGUCACUCUGACCUAAGUAGAUUUAGCAAACCCUCUCGACAUUCUGAUUCUACUACAAUUUUAAAUUACUCUUUUAUUUAACUAAAAGAAGUUCUUUUAGAUCUUUGCACACACUGAGUUGAAAUUUCCCAUAUUUUUAUGAAAUUCCUACAAUUACGGUUGUAGAUAUAUUUAAUAUCACUCACAAAUCACACAAAUGAAACUUUGAUUUGGUAAAUUUUUGAGCUUAUUACCUUCUUUGCCCUGAAUCUUUUUCCUUUUGUGAGUAACAAUGGAACUUUUAGUUUGAAUAAGAUAUGUAUAUGUAUGUUUUGUACAACUGUUUGUAUGGCAUUAUGCUGUUUUUUAACUUGUACAAUGACAAAAUGCAAUUAGCUUAAGCAUUGCACGUUUAGAAAAUUUAGACUUUGGUCAGGAAAAACUCUUUCAACUAAAAUGGUUUCUUCACCAAGCUGGAUGUAAUAUUGAAGCUUUUUAAAAUCUAUCUCAGUUUGGAACAACUUUGAGAGGUUAUUUUUUAAAUAGCUUAAAUGACAAUUUUUAUCAUAAAAAUUCUUAUACACCAGUUAUAUCUCACAAUGAAUUCUGAAACUCAUAAAGCUGACUUGUCAACAACUUUUUGCUGAGUUUUACAUGCCUUGUACUUAAAUUAAGUGAUUACUCAACUUAAAAUAACCAUUUUUAUAUCCUAAAAAAGAAUUCCCAAUCUUAUUUUAAGGCUUUAUGUAGGCUAAAUAUUUCAACUUAAGUUUAUGAUGGAUAUUUAAAUCCUCAGGAAAACGUUUUGUUGUGCAGCUAAAGUAACCAAAAAAGUUAAUUUCAUAGCUCGACUAGACAAUAUGAAAAUGCUACAUACAAAUUAUAGUACUGCAAAAUAAUUUGUGGUAAUCUAGAUUAGGCAGUGUGUUUAUAAGUCUGAAUAGGGCACAACAUUAUUUAAUGUGAUAGCAUUUAAAGUUGAAAACUUUUAGGUAUUGUUUGCUCUUUUUUUCUGAUUUCCCUUAAAAGAAAGUUAUAUUGCAAAAGUAAUUACUUGGGACCAUUUUGACAGGGUUUUUGAUAAUUUUUUCUAAGAAGCUAAAUAGUAUUUUUUUUUUAUAAUACACCUUGUAAAAAACGUUUUAAGGGUCUUUGCAGUGUGUACAGCCUACCUGAAUACUGGGAAUAUCAUGUGAAUUUUCAUGACCGAGAAGGAAUCCAUGAACUGCUGGUCAAUUUUGCAUAGAAGAAAGGUUUGAAAUUUGGAAUGAAUGCAAAUAAAAUCUGCCACUAAGCACUGUUUGUUGUCGUUUGGCUUCCUUUUGUCAGGAAAAAUGAUCUUGAUCUCAUCACAAAAUCACAAUGUUGCCCAUGAUCUUGCAAGUCGCUGCGAUUGUAAGAAAUUAUUUGUACAUCGCUGCUAUUCCUGUAUAUCAUCACAGAUAGGGCCCUAUUUUUGAAAUGGUUGACUGUUGAGUUGAGUGUUGAGUCACUCACUUUCCAAUUGUUAUGUAUUUUUCAUUUUUCAAACGAUUGACAGUUGACUAAUCCAACUAAAACUACUCACCACCAAUUGAGCUGUUGAGUGAGCAGUUGACUGCACUUUCUUUUAUCUCCCUCAGCAAAAAUUGUUAUUUUUUUUAUAUCAACGCCAUAUUGUAAUUGCUUUGUUUACUACUACUAUUACUAACUGAGAUUAUAGGUUAGGUAUUUGUUGUCAAUUAUUGCCAUAGUGCCCAAUAUUUUAUUCUAUUGUUUUCUGUAUAAUAAAUUACAUUUUUAUUUACUGUGUCAAUAAUAGACUAUCAAAUCAAGGGUUGUAUCCUUGUUGGUAUGUUGCAAUACUUUGAAAAAGACGGCCUACUAAUUAAACUUAUUAUAAGAUAAUUAUUAUUAUGAUUUAUUAACUUAAACAUCAAACACAAUUAAAAAUAACAAGAAAAAAAAACUAUGAAGGGAACUAAGGUGAUUUGUUCUUAAAUAGAGACGAAGAAAGCAAAUAACUUAUCAAACGGGUAUAAUUAUAAUGAGGUAUAGCCUAAAACAAGGCUCCGUGGUUAAUUUAUUUCGAAAACUUAUAAAAAAGGUACUUUUGCAAUCACUAAGAUUAAGACAUAACCUUAAUCUGGCAAGUGACAAUCUCUACGGACUGAGCUGACAGUUUACCUCAGUUUCUCGAAAUAUGGCAGAUUGAGUUGAGAUUCAGAUUAGCUGAGAAAAGGAUCCAUCCAGAAUUUAGAGUGAGAGGUUAGCUUGAAGCUCGCAAGCCAAUCUGCACCUGUGCUAUUGGUUCAAAAUGAUGUCAUCUGUUUUUCGUGCGGUGUUGCCGCUUUCAUUUCUAAACGAGUCACUUAACUAGUGAUCACCAACUCACUUCUCAACUGUUGGAUUUCAAAAAAACAAAAUCCUCUUGUUGGUUGAGUUGAGUGUUGACGAUUGACUCAACUCUCAACCAUUACAACAAUAGGGCCCAUAAUGUGAGAGAUGAUCACUAACGUGCUGGGAUUCAAACAAACAUCACAGUUUAUUGUUAUGUCAGCGGGCAAUUAUCACGGAUGUUGCCAAAAUCGCAAGAAAUCAUAUAUGUUGCUGUAGAUUUUUUAUCAUGGAGUUAACUUGAAUCUCUUUGUCAUGGUAGCUGGACACCCUGCUUUGUUAAAAAAAAUCUUGUUUUUCUGGGAUGAUUUUGAUUUUGUUUUAAGAAUUAAAGCAGAUGGUAGGCUGCAGAUAAACUAUAGAGUUAUCAGCAAUGUCCUAAUUUAGACUUCUCCGUCCAGUUUACAAGAAAGAGCUGCAAAUAAUUAUAUGGCAUUACUAAGUAGAAAAAAUCUGAUCUGAUUAUCAUAAAAAUUAGAUAAACCACAAUGUCUCAGUCAAUGCUAACAUUAAAUAUUGAAAAUACAAUUGAAAUAAUAAUAAAAUAACAAUGAAAGGCUAAUUUUGAUGUGUUUAUACCCGUUUUAUCUAAAACAUGCUUCAUAAAAACGUAUAAGAAGAAGGUUUUUAAGAGAAGUUUAUUCGUGUGUCAAAAGAAAAAUUAACGGAACAGUAAGUUGUUAAUUAAAAUGUUGCAUCUGUUUUUAAAAUAAUAAUUACAAAGAGUAUUUUUCAAAUGUCUUAAGCUUGUGUACCUAUUGUAAAUAAGUCCUAGUAAUUAUUUGAAAAAUUUAUUGUCACCAUAGUUGUAUUCCAUUGGUUGUGAAUGUUGCACAAAAUCUAGUUUAACAUAAUAUUACGGUUGUUAUUGUAAAUUUAGUGCCUUCAUUUAGUGUCGAGAAAAACCUUAUACUUUAUUGAAAAAUGUUAAAUAAUAUAAAGUCAUUAAAACUAGUUGAACUUCAGCACUCCUUUAAGGACUGCUAAAAACUGACAAUGAGAUGCAGCUUUAAUUUGUUGAACUAUGCAUCAUUGUAUAAGGAUAGUUUAUGAAAUUAAGUAGUUCUAAAAAAUAAAGUUAUAUUUUAGUUAUUACUAUCAAGAAACUUUAUACAUCCUCUAAGAUAAAUUCUGUAUCGGUAAUAUCAUUAUUAGAUAAAGUAAUUGUGAAAUCCAACUAGGCAAUGUAUAAGAUGUGUACAUAACUAUUUCCUGUAAUGUACUUAUAUGAAAGUUACUUAACUUGUACAUAACGUGUUUACAUAUUAAAUAUUUUAUUAAUAAUAUAUAUAUAUGACGUACCAAAUCUAAUUAAUAUACUAGAUUAAACUUCUUCCUUUCAUUUGGCCAUUGGAAAUAUAUAUAAAAUAUAUACUGAUGUUAUACAAGGUUAAAUUCAACUGCUUCAGACACAGUUGUUUAUUUUCAAAUUUAAAAGAAAACAUGAAAAGGUGAGCCAAAAUAGAAACAAUAAUCUGGUUGAGAAUUAAACAAUUUUUAGUGAGUCGGUGGCUCAGUCGGUAGCGUCGCGGACUCCGGGCCCAAGGCAGCGAUGUCGUGGGUUCGGAUCCUGGUCACUGCGGAUAACAUUUUAUCAGUAGGCCUACAGUUCACCUUUGUACUGUACCGGCUCACUCCUUGCCUUGCUGUUAACAAUCCACGCUUUAUGGCUUAGUCUAUGUGGACGGGCAAAUGCAACGUUAAAAGAGGCCACCAACCUCUUUAAAAAAAUAAGAAAAUGUGUAAACAAAAAAUAUUAAAUAACCUUGACAUACAUAAAACAUUUAAACUUGAAAUAAUUUCAAGUAAUUCUUGACACAGUUGUUAUUGCUGAUUCAAUGCACUGAGAUUACAGUUGUUGAUGGUCUGUGAUGCUGUCUUUGACAUGAAAACCCAAAUGAUUAUCAACAAAGAUUAAACUUUAAAUAUGUAAUUCAAUUCAGUGAGUCAACUUCCCUAUAAGUUGUGUUACAAAUAUCAACAUGGUUUACAAGAUUACAGCAUGUCCCUAAGUCAAAAUGGGAAAAGGAGGAAAGCAGAAAGGAGGCAAAAAUGUAUUCAAAGUUGCUGGCGCAAGGAGCCUCAAAGCCAAGAACAAGGCAAAAGCUGUCUCCACACAGUUGAAAAAACUGACAGAAGUGACAAAACAAAAAACCGUUGAAAUGGAUCAGCUUCUCAAUGAGCUUCAAGAGACAGUUAGACAAGCCCAGCCCCAGAAACAAGAAAAUAAACCUUCCCUUCCACCCAAGGAAGACUUAAAGAGCAGAAUCGAAAAGUUCAACAAAACUGAGGAAAGCUCAGCAGAAGCCUUGGACAAAUUAGGCAAAAUGGAAGUCUAAACCAAAAUUGUACAUUUGUCCGUAAUAAAUCUAUUUUUAUUUUUUA